CAGCUCAUCGGAUUCCUCCCUGUAUAAAUAUUCUGACUGUGUCUCUUGUGUCACCCGGAGGUGGCGUCUCUCGCUGUCUCCGUGCCAGACCGAGCCGUGACCCCGUGCCAGACCGAGCCGUGACCCCGUGCUGACCGAGCCGUGACCCCGUGCCAGGCUGAGCCGUGACCCCGUGCCAGACCGAGCCGUGACCCCGUGCCAGACCGAGCCGUGACCCCGUGCCAGACUGAGCCGUGACCCCGUGCCAGGCUGAGCCGUGAUCCCCGUGCUGACCGAGCCGUGACCCCCACCGCCCUCUGCUUUGCGCACGGAAGAGCUGAAGUUGAGGAAGCGCCUCGCACGGCGUCGCGGGCGUCGAGGAGGAGGAGAGGCGGCCGAGCCAGCGGCCCGCCGCGUCCACGCUGCGGCCACCUCCCCUGGCACGCCACCACGGGCGGGCAGCUCAGCGGGGCCCUCAGCCAUGGCCAACAACAAAGCGCUCACCUUCUCCAUCGAACGGAUCAUGGCGGACACUUCGGACGCUGCUUCGAAACUCCCCGCGGGGCCCCUGGCGCCCCCCUUGCCCUGCGCCUUCCCCGUGGGAUGCGCGGCCUGCCCCGACUUGUGGAAGUACGCGGUGCCGGGCGGCAAACACCACGACAACAGCCACCAGCACCACCACCACCAGCACCACCAGCAGCAGCACCACCAGCCGUACGCGUCCUGCGGUCCCGUGUGUCUGUCUGGUGGGAAGCUUCUCGCCAGGGCCGGCUCGCUUGUGGACCACGCGUUGCAGUGCGCCAACGGCCAGCAGAACGGCACCACCACCACCAACCACCACCAUCACCACCAGGUGGUGCGCCCAGCCUUUGUGGAGCACCUGCAGCACCUGCAGCACACGGCGAGGACUUUCUACGCCCUCAACUCUUGCUUCGGCCAGCAUGCCGAGACUGCUCCGGCGGCUGUCCCGCAGACCCCCGCGGGCCCACGCGGCGCUCGCCUCUGCUCCACGGCCGCGCCUGUCCCAGCGGCCGACGCCACCAGAGCCUUGCACGUUCAGACGAAAGUCCAACAACAACAGCAGCAGCACCACCAUCACCACCAGCAGCAGCAGCAUCAUCAUAACCAUCAUCAGCAGCAGCAAAAGCAGCAGCAAAAGCAGCAGCAGCAUCAGCAUCGACAGUGGGUGGAGAAGACCAAGGCUCAUGGAGCCGGGGACGCGAUCCAGACUGGAGCCGACAAGGCGCAGGCCCCCGGGUUCGAGUCCCUGUCGUGCGGGCUGCAGUCCCGGGGCGUCGGCCCCGGGAAGAGGCCCUCCCCUGGGGAGGCAUUCGCCACCGCCGCCGCCAGCGGCGUCAGAAGCGUCUCGGGCAAGACGGAGUCGAGCAAGCAGAGCAGCGACAGGAGCAAGCUGUUCGCGUGCGACCUCUGUGGCAAGGUCUUCAGCGCGCAGUACAACCUCACGAGGCACAUGCCCGUGCACACGGGCGCACGGCCCUUCGUGUGCAAGGUUUGCGGCAAGGGCUUCCGCCAGGCGAGCACGCUGUGCAGACACAAGAUCAUCCACACGCAGGAGAAGCCACACAAGUGUCAGCACUGCGGGAAGGCCUUCAACAGGAGCUCCACGCUCAACACGCACAUCCGCAUCCACUCGGGGUACAAGCCCUUCGUGUGCGAGUUCUGCGGAAAGGGCUUCCAUCAGAAAGGCAACUACAAGAACCACAAGCUGACGCACAGCGGCGACAAGCAGUUCAAGUGCAAGGUGUGCAGCAAGGCGUUCCACCAGGUGUACAACCUCACGUUCCACAUGCACACGCACACGGAGACCAAGCCCUUCACGUGCUCCUUCUGCGGCAAGGGCUUCUGUCGCAACUUCGACCUCAAGAAGCACGUGCGGAAGCUGCACGAUAGCUCGUCCCACGCGCUCGCCACCAUCGCUGCCGCCGUAAUGCCCGAGGAGCAGGAGGAUUCGUCAGAAUAAUCCGAAUCUUUAUUUAGACUGUCGUCCAAUGACGCACACUUCCUGUUACAAAUCAUCUACGCCUUGAGUUUUCCUGGCUGGCUGCUGGCUGGGCUCCUGUCCGUCCCAGCACUCACCAGGUGGUUCGGGGCUGCUGCUGUGGGCCGAAAGGGGUAUUUUUUUGAAACGUAUUCUUCCGCGUGACAGAUAAACAUUGAGUUGAAACGGUGGAGGAAGAUGCUCGGAAGGCUUCUCAUGGGUAGCGACACCCACGAGGUGUGAGUAACGAAGACAGAAGACGGACGCGGUUCAUUUAAUAUCGCUCUAACUUUUCAACGUACGCUCCUAUUAGUCUAAUUAUUUCGCCAGACUAUUCUAAGAAAUCCCCGGGAAUGUGUAAACAAAAACCCCAUCACAAUACAUAUUAUCUUACCAUUGUAUUACACUAGUAGAUAAAAGGACGAUUACUUUUAGCGCUCCGAGUCCAUGAUUGUGAGAAGAGUGUGAAGACAACAACGGGGGCUCUCAAAACACCAACAAACGUAUUUAUCCAUAAUACAGCUCUUUAGGUUAGAUCCCGUAAAUAUCUAAAUGUGUCGUUUGACCCGCCACCACCCGACACAGCCAACUA